GAAGAUCAAGGAGGCUAAGAGAAAAACGGAAGAAGAAGUGAUGACCUUAGUAAAAAACUAGGCAUGUAAAAAUAGCUCAGCUGGGAACCCCACUACCACAAGGCUGUACCCGGAGACCAGAACCCAGCUGUAUUUAAAAAUGAGCAGCAGAUCUAGGAGCUCUGGAAAAGUAAGGCCCAACUUUCCAUAUGGAAUGAACACACCAGGCAGCUGCAGCCUUGAGGACGGAGCUGGUUCGCUUGCUGCCAUCAGCACAAAGGACUGCUGGAGACCUGAGAGACGCCGCCACCUUGAUCUCGCCAGAGACUGGAGGGUCUCCCCCAUCCUUAUCUGCAAACUUUCAGCUAAGGUAUAUCCAGCAGCCAUGGCCAGCGCCCAGGUACCUUUCUCCUUUCCUCUGGCCCACUUCCUCAUCUUUGUCUUUGUGACCUCCACCAUCAUCCACCUCCAGCAACGAAUAGUGAGGCUCCAACCCCUGACGGAGAAGGAAUUACAGGCGAUUCAAAUGUCCUCGCCCAACCCGGCAAGCGCUGAGAUGCGGCAGAGUGGCGAGCUGCAGGGCAUGUUCACCAUCAAUUCCAUUGGCCGCCUGGGGAACCAAAUGGGCGAAUACGCUACGCUCUUCGCUCUGGCCAGGAUGAAUGGACGACUUGCCUUCAUCCCCGCGUCCAUGCACAACGCUCUAGCGCCCAUCUUCAGGAUCAGCCUCCCAGUGUUGCACAGCGACGCGGACAGAAGGAUCCCGUGGCAGAAUUACCACCUCAACGACUGGAUGGAGGAGCGUUACCGCCACAUCCCGGGCAACUUUGUGCGCCUCACGGGGUACCCGUGCUCCUGGACUUUCUACCACCACCUGCGCCCCGAGAUCCUGAAGGAGUUCACCCUGCACGACCACGUGCGCGAGGAGGCCCAGGCCUUCCUGCGUGGUCUGCGUGUGAACGGGAGCCAGCCGAGUACCUUUGUGGGUGUCCACGUGCGCCGAGGGGACUAUGUGCAUGUCAUGCCCAAGGUGUGGAAGGGCGUGGUGGCUGACCGCGGUUACCUGGAAAAGGCCCUGGACAGGUUCCGGGCACGUUAUUCGUCUCCAGUCUUUGUGGUUACAAGCAACGGUAUGGCCUGGUGCCGGGAGAACAUCGACGCCUCUCGAGGAGACGUGGUGUUUGCGGGCAACGGUAUUGAGGGCUCUCCAGCCAAGGACUUCGCGGUCCUCACGCAGUGCAACCACACCGUCAUGACCAUUGGAACCUUUGGGAUCUGGGCUGCCUACCUGGCAGGUGGGGAUACCGUCUACCUAGCCAACUACACCCUUCCGGAUUCUCCAUUCCUCAAAAUCUUUAAGCCAGAGGCAGCCUUCCUACCCGAGUGGGUGGGCAUCCCCGCAGAUCUGUCCCCACUCCUUACACUGACACCAGCCUGUCCCUGGUCCCACUUCCACCUCAAGGCAGGAGUCCCUUGUUACAUCUCAGGACGAGCCUCUACUGGGAAGCGGUGCGCCUCGGGCUGCCAGAGAGAGGCCUCACACGUUCGGAAAACCCAGUUGACAUGUUAGACGGACAUUAACAGCUCAGGCAUCAUCAACGGCCUCUGGUCCUGAGAACUCCUAGCAGGCUUUCACCUUUUUUCAGCACAGCUGUCUCAUGGUGCCAGACGGGCUGCCACCCACAGACAGCCACUUCCAGAGGCAGCAAGAAAAGGCGCGUUACUGUCUUUUGAUUUUAGGUUCCUUUCGAAGAGUGAGACAAACUCACAUUUGUCAACUUUUUGUCGUCGGCAUUUCCACAGUGGGGCAGCAUGUGACAGGCAACGGUCAUACGGGAAGCCUGAGGAAGGAGAGGAGGCCGGCUUGCUCUUUUUAUAGCAACUGCCGUUCACCAACUGACCGGAGUCUGCUGAGAACUGUCAACCCCUUGGAAGAUGGUGCCUUUGGUGGCCUAGGGACUUCUCAUUGUCUAUUAAGAUUCUAUUUUUUUAAUUAUGGAUAUCUGUGUGGGUGUGUGCAGUACCUUCAGAGGCCAGACCUGGGUGUUGGGUCCCUGGCUCUGCCUCUCAAAGGUCUCACCAUCUGCACACAGAGGACCAAAGGCCAAUCCAGUGAAAGCCACACCUCUCCAAGCAUCCAGGUGACUCCUCUGUCCCCUUGACAAGAGUUGUGUCACUAUGCACUCACACGGCUUACGGUAAAUCACGGGGAAGGGGAAUGCUGGGAGUGGUUUAGUCCGGGAUCCAAAGUAGGAGUUAUUCACUGCACAAUCACUUGAUCAAAGGGGAUGUGGGAGCUACCGUGAACCCACAGUCUCUUCUCCAAGUUGCUUGUCCUUGGGACUCGUCCACCAAGGGCCCCUUCUUUGCCUACUCUGUCCAUCUGAGAAGAACUGCGUGAGUGGAAUCCCGAUGCAUGUCCACCUCUGCCACCCUGGCAGGACACCCCAGGCCUAGGGAAUUCCUCCAGAUGUUUCAGAGUGUCUUACCAUCCUGUUACACUUCACGUGAGAGCACACACCAUGCUAUCCCUCUCACAGUUAAAGAAUCAAGCUAUGUAGCCACCAUUAUGAAAACAUCCAGGGUGAUCUGGGGGUUGGGGGGUGGGGAGAGGCCUCACAAAGGUCUUAUCUCUGCACAUCAGAAUCCCACGGCAUCUCUCCAGACCCCCUGCUAAAUUGGAAGUGCUCAUCCUGUGCAUGGGAAGUAGCCUGAGAUGGCCCUGAUGGUGCCGCCUCUCAUCCUUGCACUGUGAAGGCUAAGGCAAAAAACUAAGGCCAGCCUGCCUGGUCUACAUCCUGAGAACCUGUCUCAAAAAAGAAAACUCUCAAACUGGGUGUAGUGGUGCACACCCGUGGUCCCAGCAUUAGGUAAAGAUCAGGAGGUAGAAGUCAACCACAGCUACAUAGGGAACGCAGACCAGUUUGAGCUGCAUGAGAACCCCCCCCCCCAUCUCAGAAACAGAAAAUUACAAAAUCUAAGUUUGGCAGUGGUGGCAUAUACUCAGGAGGCAGAGGCCGGUAGAUCUCUGAGUUUGAGGCUAGCCUGGGCUACACAGAAAUCCUGUCAUAAAAAAAAUUUUAAAUCCAAAACAAAUAAAAAUGUGUCUCUCCAUCACAA